GCGUGUUGGCACAUUGAUAUACCAAUUUGGUAUUCCAAGAAUUUCUCUUAUAAAUGUUUUAACUUUUAUGUUAUUAAUCACAGGUUAAGAAAAGUUUAGAGAUCUUGGUCGAAAUUACAUAUUUUAAAUAAAGUUUUGUACUGUAAUAUUAAGGUUUAUUAAUAUUAAGUGGUGUAGUAGUCAUGAAAUAUGAUUUCUGUAUUAAAGAAAAUAUUUAUUGUUAUUUUUGCUAUUGUGGUGUCUGUCUCAUCCAGGAUUCACAAAUUACCUCUUGUGGAUGAUGAACGUCACUAUGUUGAUUUGACCACAUUUGGUUUUUUCGAAGGGGGUAUUUUAGAUGUACAUAUGAUUAAUUUCAAAUUGCCAUCUGGUUCAGUGCUGGGCGAGUAUGGUUUUACCUUGGAUAGAACUGUUAACGAUGCUAUUAAUCCUUACUUGGAAGUUCAUUCGGAUACAUGUAUUCUUAAAGGUGUUGAAAAUUAUGGAGGUCUUUUGUCACCACAUCAUCCAGCUAUAGUUUUUUUGAAAUUAGAUUUUAAAAAUCUUAGAAUAAAUAUAACUUGUGAUGGUGAAGUUACAGCAUUACAUCUUUACCAAAACAGGUCAAUGAUUCCAAUUGAUAGAAUUAAAAGACAAUCACAGUAUAUAUUUGUAAACAGACAACGACGGUCACCAUUAGGAAGUAGGGAAUCAACAGAGGCAUUGGGUUCUCAGUGUUCAUAUGCGGUUCUCCCUAUCACUAAAGAAACACGAAAUGGCUUUGAUUAUUACAAUACAAGUUUUGCUAUGUAUGUGGCUUCAGACAAGGAAGAAGGAUUAUACAACUUGUACUUCCAUAACUGUCCACAUGAUACAGAGCCUGCUAUUAAUGCUUUGAUAGAAAUAUAUGAAAGUAAUGAUGGAAACUUUUUGUCAGCUGGGGAAAUGCCACUUCCAGCACUAUACAGUAUGAUGUCAUUGAUAUUUUUCUUGUGUGCUGGUUUUUGGACUUUUAUUCUAAAAACAAGCCGACACAAAGUAUAUAGAAUACAUAUAAUUAUGUGUGUACUGGUUUACUUAAAAGCAAUGUCAUUGGCUUUCCAUGGAAUUAACUAUCAUUUUAUACAAACAAGAGGUGAACAUGUCACAGCUUGGGCAAUAUUAUUCUACAUAACACAUUUAUUAAAAGGUGCUGUGCUCUUUGUGACUAUAAUUUUAGUAGGAACUGGAUGGAAUUUUAUUAAACACAUUCUGGCAGACCGUGACAAAAAAAUAUUUAUGAUAGUCAUUCCAUUACAGGUGGUCGCUAACGUUGCGGAGAUAAUAAUAGCUGAAAGUGAAGAGGGUGCCGUCGAACAUAACGCUUGGAGGAUUCUAUUAAUGUUCGUCGAUGUACUCUGUUGUGGGGCUAUUAUGUUCCCGGUUGUAUGGUCAAUACACCAUUUGGAAGAUUCAUCGACAACAGACGGCAAGGCUGCUGUUAAUUUGAGGAAGCUUAAGUUAUUUAGACAUUUUUACGUGAUGAUAUUAUGCUAUAUUUAUUUCACAAGGAUCAUUGUCACUAUAUUGGAGAAAACAGUUCCAUUCCAAUAUUCGUGGAUCGAUGAAAUGUUUCGCGAGAUGGCGACGUUUGUUUUCUUUGUAAUGACGGGAUACAAGUUCCGACCGGCUGCAGCUAAUCCCUAUUUCACACCCACAUAUGAUGACGUCGAGCCAAAAGUUAUAUCGGAGAUCGGAGUACUGGACGGUGUCACGAAUAGAGAGAAACGACGUGAAGAUAUGCAACCAUUAAUGCAAGAAAAUUCCGAAUAAAUUAACGAUAAGUAGAUAGAACAUUUUCAUAUAACAAUCGCAUUUGUAGUAGACAAUUUGUAUCUACUUAAUCAGCUUAUGUGUUUUUGUAUUAUACAAUAACAUUAAUAUUUGGCUAUGAAUCAAACAUAUCCCGUAUAAAUCCUUUAAAAGUUUUCACUAGUUAGGUACUGUGGUCUGGUAUGAAGUGGAAUUUGCUGGUUGUAUAUAAAGAAUUACGGCCGAGUACGGAUGUUUUUAUUAAUUUGCUUUUAACUGUAGUCUGCAUUUUAAUACCGUUAUGGAAUAUUAGACAUUUUUUAAACAAUUAUAACUCACUUUAUUAUUCAGCUUUAUCAUAGCUUAGACACAAUUCGUGUUUUUCUAUUAAUAAAUAUCUAAACUGUUUUUAUAUAACUUUGUCUGACAUAAGUCAAUAUGUACUAUCGGUUUUGUCAUCUCACUACUGCUUUAUAAUGUUUUUUCAUUAAAUACACGUAUAUCAAUUGUGUAUUACUGCAAACACGUGUACGACUCGCUGUCUUGGAACCUAUUACGAAAACUAAAAGAAUUGUUUUGUGUUGCCUUCGGGUUAAGUGCAAUUGCGUUGUGUAUAUUUCUGUAGAUGUUUGAUUGUGGCAUUGGUCAAAUUCAACAGUUUUCUAGUGAAUUUGCAACUAACCAUCGCGCCUGACACCGAUUUUCUUUUAGUUUCAUUGCUUGUAGUAUUAUCCCUUAUACAUUCCAUGUUACCAAUAAGCUAACUUUGAAACAGUCCGAUUUUGUACAUGUCAUCUUUAGUCUAUAAAAAUUUGAGACUGCGGUAUGAGUGUAGUUAGGAUUUCAAUGUAUGGACCAUCACAUUAGCAAUAGAAUCAAUACGUAUUUAAUUUCAUACACAUAAAAAUUUAUAUUCCAGUUAUUCAAAAUUAUUAUUUUUACGGUGAUUUUUGUAUGUACUUGUAGGUAAGGUUACUAGUGUUGAAUACACCAAAUUACACAUUUUAUUUUAUAUUUUAUUAAGGUUUAUAGAUUUAAGUUAAGGUUUAUGAAUAACCAAUAGUUUCCUAUAUCAUUUAUAGCAAUAAUGAGUUGAUUUUAAUAGCACUAAGUAUAAAACAUUAUAUAUUUAUGUAUUAGUAUAAUUGUCGUGGCGUUAUCGAAUUUGUCCAAUAUGUAUUACAUAUUCUGCCAAAAUAAAUUGUGAUUGAAUUGAUAUUAGGCUCUGUAUCUGUCUUGGCCAGAUUUUAUAAAGGCACAAUGGUUUUUAUAAGUAAAUAUCGUUAACUGAUUAUCUUAAAAGCCAAAAUAAUUAGAUUUCUAGAAAUUUCCAAAGUACUUAAUAGACUUGAAAAUAAUAAUAUGUUUAACGCUUUUCACUAACCUUCUACUUGUUCAUCAGUCUAUCUCGUAUGUACAUAUGUAUGAUUUAUUCGAAAACAUAAACCGCAAUUUAUUCUAUAUAACAUACAAGGUAAUUCCACAUACAUUAUUAGAAAUACCAAAUCGUAUAUUAAUGUGGUUUCGUUUUCUUAUUAUUUCCUAUUCAUAUCUUGUAGUAUUCUGGCACCUCAGCUUAUCAAUACUUAGAUUGUUUCAUCAUUGUAAGAUUUCCCUUAAUAUAUGUCUGGCACUCUGUCAUAUAAAAUAUUGCAAUUGUUAAAUAUAAUAAUAAUUUGUCCGAAACAAUAUUUAAGAAAAACUGAAAUGCAAAAGGUUAAUAAGAUUAAAAGGUUGCUUUUUUAAAACAAUGAUUCAGUUACUUAUGAAACAAAACACAUGACGAUUUAAGUUUUUUUUUUUAAGUAUUUGCAUAAUCUAUUUAAAAUAUUAGCAGUUUAAAGAUUUGUGUUUAAUUUUCUGUAACAAUGGUUGUAAAUAUUUUUUAUAUGUGUAAUUGUAAAAACUGUUUUAAUUCACAUUAAAUCCUUCAAGUAGA